AUGGUCGGCAUCCCCACCAGAUCAGUCUCAUGCCUGACCUGCCGCCGGAGAAAGAAAAAGUGUGAUAAGACUGCGCCUGCGUGCCUCAAGUGCGAGAAAGCCGGUAUAGAAUGUGAGGGGUAUACCGAAGGCCUGGUCUGGGUCAACCGGACCGUGGACAACCGCCCCAAGCUGCAAGUCCGACUACGACAGCAACAGCAACAGCAGCAGCAGCAGCAGAAGCAGUCGGGCUUGGUACAGCGUGAGCAGCAACUUCAAUAUGACUCCUCCAGCACGGGCGAUAGCCCCGAGUCGGCGUGGCUGGCCGACCGCUCCCCCGACAUCUUGCUACCAGUGCACCUGGCCCGCUCGGCGCGCGAGCAGCUCUACAUGGGCUACUUUGGCGCAACUAUGCUCGCGGCAGGGACGACGGUGCCCUCGGAUGCAGCCAUGAGCUUUGCGUCGAUGGGCUGGACCAAGUACAUUAGCCCGCUUUACGACACAGACCCGACCGUCCGGUGCGCCGCCAUGGCCACGUCGAGCGCCAUCAUCGCCACGCUGCACAACGACAAGCAACUACAGGUCAAGGGCAUUCAAGCCUACAACAACUCCGUCAUGGAAAUGGUCAAAGGGCUGCAGAGGACGGAUUGGUAUAAACGCGAUGGAUUACUGACGGCCGCCCGCAUAAUGGCCACGUUUGAGUUGUUAUUCAUUUCCAAAGACAAAGACACACCCGAGCCUUUAGCUUGGCGGGGCCAUAACCAAGGACAACAAGCCAUCUUCUUGGCGCGCGGCCCCGUGGCGUUUGCUUCAGGCCCGGCGCAUCAAUUAUACUCUGAUGCGCGCAUCAACAUGGUCAUGCUGUCGAUGGGCCAACGAAAACGCUCCCCCUUUGCUAGCCCUGCAUGGGAUAAGAUCCCGUGGAAGAAGCACCCCAAAGCCGUCAAAGACCAGCUCAUCGAUCUAAUGCAAGACAUCCCCGAGAUCCUCGAAUACGUGGAAGAGUUCAAAGCCUCUGCCGAUCCGCAGCGACGGCAGGACCUUGAGGCGCUCAUCAUGAGCCGCUCCAGCGAGGUGCGCGCAGAUCUCGACGCUUGGGCGGCCGACCGCGGCGACAGCCUGCAGCGCUUCGACUGCUUUGCCAACACGGGCCCGAUCGAGCCGCCGAGAAACGACGCCGAGUUUGCGUUUCACCACAUGACGACGAUAUACUGGUUCACGUGCGGCAUGCUCUCGUGCAUCAGGAGCUUCUUCAGCUCGCGGCAGGGCGAGGAGCGAAUACCGCGACGACCACCGGGAUGGUACGCGACGUACGGGGGUGCGGCGGCCGGCACGCCCACCUCGACAACGACGACGACGACCAACUCCCCCAGCCACGACGACAGUACCAACUCGCCCUCCUCGGCGUCGACAACCUCGACGGCCGCCAGCGUGUCUGCCUCGGAGCACUAUCUAUGGGAGUCGGCCAUGAACGCCACGCGCGAGGUCUACGCCAUGGGCUUCUUCUUCACCCCCGACGCGGGCGUCGCCCACUCGGCGGCGGGGCUCAUGUCGCUGGCCGUGAUCUUGCGCUACUACCUGCACCCGGCCGCCUUUUGCCUCCUAGGCACCGAGGUUGAGAUUCUACAGGGCCUGUACGCCACCCCGAUCCUGGGCAUCCCCAUCGGCCAGCUGCUGCGGCGCAUCCUGGGCGGCCACCUGCCGCCGCUCGUGGCGAAUGUUGACGGCCCGCGGGUCAGUCAUGGCCUGGGGUGGUUCUAG